AUGCCCCAAUGGGGAAGACCACCAGGGGUAUGGCAGGGAAAUCAGGCGCGAAGGAGGGCUGGACAAUGGGAGGAUGUCAAUGGUGUGCGUGUCGAGGAGAUCGACAGUGAUGGGGAUGACGGUUAUAAUGGUGUGAAAUUUGCCGGGUCGAGACGGAAUGGGAAGAUUGGAGCCAAGGCGAGCGCGCGAGAAUUGCGGCUAAGGAAUAUUGGAUAUGACUAUGAAAGUGAACUAUCGGAGGGCGCAGAGUUUGAUUUAGAUGACGAUGCGGACAGCACUGUCGCGUAUGCAGUGCAGUUGGCGAUGCGAGACAAGGAAGAGAUGCUAGUGGAAAAGGCUCUGGAGAGAAUAAGACGUGCCCAGAUGCUAGGCAAAAAGAAUGUUCGGCUUUCUCAAGAAGAGCUGGACGCGUUGGAACGAAGACGAAAGGGAAUUACGAACAACAAGAAAUCAACGGUUACGAUUCCCAUUGGGUCUCCCGGUCGUGCGUCUACAGUCAACGAUAGGCGACCGAGAAGUAGAGAAUCGGUAGCCAAGGUUUCUCCCAAGGCCAGUGGUGCUUCUGAAUCGCGACGAAGCUCACAGAGCCAAUAUUCUGCCAACGAGUUCUCUGGAGUACCUCUACGUCCUCCAGCUGGCAUCUAUGCAUCCCUGAACAAUAGUCCAUCCAGUUCCUCAUCUCGCCCAAGAACCCCGACUAUGCAAUCUCUACGCCCGCAGCCUUCCGCCAACUCGCCCAUGCAUCAAACAGCGUAUAUGCAGCAGCGAUACCCUCCAGAGCGAGAGCCGCCUUUCGUCCGUGCCCUCCCUGAUGAUCCGCAAUGGGCACCUCGGCAACGUUCUCAGUCUAAUGUAUUGCCGUAUCCUUAUGACAAUACUGUAUAUAUACCAUACGGAGCGAUGUCUAUUGAUCCACGCUACGCCAGCCUUCCGAGCCGUCGACCAAUUCCCCCGGACGCAUCAUCUUUUAAUACCAACCAUGGACCUAUAUCCACCAGCCAGAGCAUUCCUCGUCGAGACGUAACGCACUCAACUGCUCGUCGCGUUCCUGAUGAAGUUUCCGAAGACGAAUCUAGCGAUGAUCACGAUAGCGACGAGGACGACGACGACGAUGAUGAUGAUGACGACGACGACGACGAUGAGGGAGUACAAGUUACACAGCAACCCGCAGUUCGUGCACAUGGAGCUCGAACAGCAGUGGCUGGCGGUGGUCCCGGUGGGAACCGCGAAACUCGUCGCCGGCGUGGUCGGUAA